AUGGAGUGUGAAGAAAUCCAUUACCCUUUUGAGCCUACUACCUACAUUGAUGAACUUCAUGAAUGUAGUAGCUUCGAAACUACGUUUCCUUUCCAAAAUGAUCCUCCCAAUUCCUCCAACACCACGCCAGAAGUAAUUUCUAGUGAUGUUGACAUUGAAAGCUUGCUCCAAAUAGAGACAAAUCUCAUGGACUUCGAUCUCAUCGACGAAGAUGCCAUUGUGAGUCAUGAAAUUAGUGUAGAAGACACCACAUCGGAGCAUCAAAUGAGCCAACAAGUCCAAGAGAGAGAUUUUCGAGUAGAGUAUCAGAAUUCCCAAUUGAAAGAAAUUCAAGAAGAGUUGAUGGAAGAAAGCAGCUUAACUGAUCUCCUGCUGACAGGAGCUGAAGCUGUUGAAGCAGAGAACUGGUCUCUUGCUUCUACCGUCAUCGCGAAGCUUAAUGAUAUCCUCUUUGAUCAGAAUGGAGAUGAUCCAUUAAACAGGUUGGCUUGUUUCUUUGCACAAGGCCUGCAUUACAAGAGCAUCAAUUCCCCCGAGUUCUUGCAGGAACCGGUUUCUAGGCAGACUAACACACUGACCGCCUUUCAGAUGCUUCAAGAGCUCUCCCCAUACGUGAAAUUCGCGCAUUUCACAGCCAAUCAAGCAAUCCUUGAGGCCACACAAGGUGAUCAGGAGGUACAUGUCAUUGACUUCGACAUUAUGGAGGGUAUUCAAUGGCCUCCACUAAUGGUUGAUCUUGCAGUGAGAAAAGAUGCUUCCCUUAGAAUAACAGCAAUAGUUUUCGACCAACAAAACUCCUGCAGCAUUCAACAGACGGGGAGAAGACUGAAAGAGUUUGCUGAUUCGAUAGAUCUUCCGUUCUUGUUUGAUCAAAUGCUGAUGGUGAAAGAAGAAGAUUUUGAAAGGUUUGAGAAGGGUAGUACAUUGAUAGGCAAUUGUAUGAUUCACCAGCUCCACAUGCCCCACAGAGGCCUCUCAUUGGUGAAGACCUUUUUGGGUGGUAUGAGCAAACUGUCCCCUAAGAUUGUUGUUCUAGUAGAAGAAGAACUGUUCAACUUUGCUAAAAUCCCAACCAUGUCCUUUGUGGAGUUCUUCUACGAGGCCCUCCACCAUUUCACUGCACUUUUUGAUUCACUCAUGAGUGGAUUUUGUGGAGGAUACAAAUUGGCAUUGAGAGUGAUAGAGAAGGAGUUUUUGGGGAUAAGGAUUUUAGAUAGUGUGAGACUAUUCCCUUGUGAGAAGGGAGACAGGAAAUUGUGGGGAGAUGGAUUUGCUUCGUUGAAGGGGUUUAGGGCAAUCCCAAUGAGUCCUUGCAAUGUGUCACAGGCCAAGUUCUUGGUCACUUUGUUCAGUGGAGGGUAUUGGGUGCAACAUGAGGAAUGCAGGUUGGCCUUGUGUUGGAAGUCAAGGCCUCUAACAACAGCUUCCAUUUGGGUGCCUAUAUCAAAGCCAAGGCUUGCAAGGUCAACUAGUGCUUUCUAGAUAUUUUUUUUAUUUAUUUUUAUUUUUAUUUUUAUUUUUUUUGGGAUCUAGGAUUCUUGAUGGAUCAAGUUAUCUCACUAAACUCCAUUGAAUUGGAGGCAAAAGUGUAUUGGAAUUUGCAAUGUAAAUAGUCAAUAGACUUGGAUUACUUAAAAUGGUUGAUUGGUUAUUAAUAGUGGGUAACAUUGUUUUCAUUUCGUAAGCAAGUAGGUUG